GUGUGUUUGCAUUUGAAUAUUUGAGUCUUGCUUCUUGUGGUACUUAGACGGUGUGCGCUUGGUGUUUGUUUUGAAUCCCGCAGUUUUCGGGUUUGUGAUAUACGCAUUGUUAUUAUGGAGAGAAUAUCAGGAUGUUUCGUGCUUUUCGUUCUUGGUAUUGGCCAGAUUGACGCCUUGAUGUGCUGGUCUUGCUCAUCUGACCUUGACAUCAGAUGCCACGAUCAUUUUAACACAACAAAAUUCGACAGAUUCUAUAACCAACAGAACUUUCAAACUGGAGGAAAUUACCAGAGUGGUAGUUACAAUCAAAACUACCCCCAGCAAAAUUACCAGGGUAGAAAUAACUACAACCAAGGGUAUAAUAACCAAGGGUACAACCAAGGGUAUCAAAACAACCAAUACCAAAGUAGACCAACAGUUCCCUACAUCAAAACUUGUAGCUUCAACUCGUUUGGGGACAAGAAAGCUGUAUGCAUGAAGAAAGUAUCAACUUCCAACGACCAAAAAACCUUGACCAUCAGGGACUGUGUUACCAUACCAGCUGGCCAAUCUGUUGGAAAAUGCCCCUCAGAAUCUAAUUCAUAUAUACAAGUAGAUUUUUGUGAAUAUUGUGAUACAGAUGGAUGUAACUCAGGCAAUUCGAUACAAGUAAACUUAGCAGUAGCAUUCACUUCUUUCAUAGCUCUUUUUCUGCUGAAACAAUGAAGAGAAAAUCAUCCAUAAAAAUGCAUAACCCAUUGAAAAUAAAAGUUACUUAUAGAGAAUGUUAAUGUGCUAAUUUAUAGGUUUAUGAGAUAAUGUAGAAACGAGUGAUGUACAAAUCAAACAGGUAUUUUAGUUGUGAAGUGUUAAUUGUGUUACAAUAAGAGAUUUAUUUUUUGUGUUAGUAUUUUUUUUUCAUUGAAGUUAUAUAUUUUAUUGAAAUCAUAGGUUUAUUUUAGUUAGGCAUAAAAUAGUGAUACAACUUUAAUUUUACUCAGGAUAUUCAUGUUGAAAUAUUGAAUCUGAUUAAGAUUUUAUGAAAAAAAUAAAUGUUGAAUAUAA